AUGAUGUUAGCCAAGCUACUCCUCGCAGCAUGUGUCAUAUUUCCCAAUGCUUACUCAUGGACCGGUGAAGCAAUUAGGAAUCAUCCGGCGGAUGUUGUUGCUGCACGUAACAAGUUAUCGUCACGACACGUUGCCAGAUCCGAGCCAAGCAACAGCUACAUCAGACCAUGCUAUUUCACCAACUGGGCACAAUACAGGCAAGGACGCGCAAAGUUUGUGCCAGAGGAUUAUACUCCAGGACUCUGUACGCAUAUUCUGUUCGCAUUCGGAUGGAUGAACGCUGAUUACACAGUUCGUGCCUACGAUCCAGCUGACUUGCCAAAUGAUUGGGCUGGAGAAGGAAUGUAUAGACGUGUGAACAAAUUGAAAACCACGGACACUCAACUCAAAACUCUUCUUUCUUUUGGAGGAUGGAGUUUUGGAACUGCUCUCUUUCAAGGAAUGGCUGCCAGCUCUGCAUCCAGAAAAGUGUUCAUUGACUCCGCUAUCACUUUUGUCAGAACUUGGGGAUUCGAUGGAAUAGAUAUUGAUUGGGAGUAUCCAUCCGGAGCUACUGAUAUGUCUAACUACGUUGCACUCGUCAAGGAAUUGAAGGCUGCUUGCGAGUCUGAAGCUGGAUCCACCAACCAGGACCGUCUUCUGGUGACUGCUGCCGUUGCUGCCGGACCAGCUACUAUUGACGCUGGAUACGACAUUCCAAACCUUGCUCCAAACUUUGAUUUCAUCCUUCUCAUGAGCUACGACUUCUUCGGAGCCUGGGCAUCUCUUGUUGGAUUCAACUCUCCACUUUAUGCCACCACUGAACUUCCAGCUGAAUGGAAUGGAUGGAACGUUGAUUCAUCUGCUAGAUACUGGAAUCAAAAGGGAAUGCCGAAAGAGAAAAUCAUCAUCGGAAUGCCAACAUAUGGAAGAGGAUGGACUCUUAACAAUGCCAGUGCAAUCAAUCCAGGAACCAGUGGCUCUCCAGCAAAGAUUACCCAAUACGUUCAAGAAGCUGGAGUUGGAGCAUACUUCGAGUUCUGUGAGAUGCUUGCCAGUGGUGCUACCAGAUAUUGGGAUAGUCAAUCUCAAGUUCCAUAUCUCGUUCAAGGAAACCAAUGGUGGUCUUAUGACGACGAGGAAUCUUUUGCUAAUAAGAUGGCUUAUGUCAAGAGAGAAGGAUACGGAGGAGCAUUCGUCUGGACUCUUGACUUCGAUGACUUCAAUGCUGGAUGCAGUAACUCCAACGGUCAACUCUACCCACUUAUCAGUGUCAUUGCCAGAGAACUCAGUGGAGUUGUUAUUCCAAAGAAGGGAGGUGUCACUCCGGCACCAACUACUGUUGCUACUACUGUAACUACUGGAAGACCUCCAAUGACUUCUUCUGUUACCACCACUGUUGCAACGACUACCACCACUCGUGCUUCAUCAACGACUACCGCCACUACCAACGUCUGUGCUGGAAGAUCAAACGGAUACUAUCCAAACCCCAGCAACUGUGGUCUUUUCGUUCUCUGCUUGAACUCGAACUCGUAUAGCAUGUCAUGCCCAUCUGGUCUCCAAUACUCUGCUUCUCUGAAAUACUGUACUACUGCUGGCUUAUCGGGAUGCACAGUUUCAACAACAAGAGCACCAACAACGACAACCAAGUCUGCACCAACAGUUACGACUACCACUGCUAGACCGACUACUACCUCCGCCGCUUUCAAGUGCACUAAGGAUGGAUUUUUCGGAGUUCCAAGCGAUUGUCUCAAGUUCAUCCGCUGUGUGAAUGGUCUCUCCUACAAUUUCGAGUGCCCCAAUGGUCUCAGCUUCCACGCCGACACAAUGAUGUGCGACCGCCCGGACCCAUCUAAAUGUGCCAAGUAA